UAAAACUUAGCCAAUAGUAUAAUGAGGUUGCAAAGGUAAAAUUCCUUUAAAAAAAAAUUUCAUACAGUGUAAAUCCAAAUAUUCUAUCAUCUUGUUUGUGUAUUCAUGUUGUUAUCAUUAUGUGUUACUUGGUAUUGCUUUGUAUGGUCCAUUUGUCCCCCAUGGAAGCAGAUCAUUGACUGGGAGGGGCCUGGCGUAAUGUCAAUCAAAGUCUCGGUGAGUUGAUUGGUCGAGAACAACAAUUAGCCAUUUUACUUCCGCCUCUGGAGAGGUGACAUGCAAUUAUUAACCAACUGUUCUUGAUUGAUAUUUAAUUUAUGUGAGUAACUAAUAAUUAAUUUAUGUGAGUAACUAUAUAGAAUAGUCCAAGAGUUAAAUGGCUGAAGACAGGAGUGACUGCGACCACGAGACAUCAGGAGAAAUGGCGGCAUCCUCAGAGAACGUCAUCCCGCUGCUUGAUGAUGCUGAGGAUUCCUUUAAGUUGCUGUCCAGACAUACAGCCUUGCUGGAGCUCAUGAACAAGACAGGAUAUGACAUCGUGCAGGAAAAUGGACAGAGAAAGUAUGGCGGGCCGCCGCCAGACUGGGAGGGCCCGGCGCCGCGAGACUCUGAGGUGUUUGUGGGGAGCAUUCCAAGAAACAUGUAUGAAGAUGAGCUGGUCCCUCUGUUUGAGACGGCUGGAUCCAUCUACGAGCUGAGGCUGAUGAUGGACUUCAACGGAGAAAACCGCGGCUACGCCUUUGUUAAGUACACCGAAAGAGAGGAAGCCCUUAAAGCGAUCCAGAUGCUGAACAAUUACGAAGUGCGUCCGAAGAAGUUGAUUGGAGUGUGCAUCUGUCUGAAUAACUGUCGCCUCUUUGUUGGAUGCAUUCCCAAAGAUAAGAACAAAGACGAGAUCUUAGACGAGUUGCGCAAGGUGACAGACGGCGUGCUGGACGUCAUCGUAUACCCUGCAGACAACAGCAAAAAUGGAGGUUUUGCCUUCGUGGAGUAUGAGACGCAUAAGGCAGCGGCGGUGGCCCGCAAGAAGUUUAUCAGUGGGGCACAGUUGUGGGGACACACCCACUGGGUAAACUGGGCCAAGCGAUACAAACGCCGCGAGGAAGUAGACAGGCAGUACACUGGAGUUACACACGUACAUAAAUUCUCGCCAAGCACUACAGAGGAAGUGACACUGGGCAAGCCUGAGAAGAAGUAUGGCGGUAAGGGCAACCUGGGAAGUAAGAUGAGGGAAGGAGGAGGAGCCAAACACGCAGUUGUCCCGCACCUAGGAGGUAAUGACAGCUCCCUUCUAAAAGAGGCCGACAGGAAAGUGUUGCCACUCUUUCCCGGCACGCAGCUCACCCGCACCAGCCUGAAGCAGCUGCAGCUGUGUCAGAUCAGGUCAGCUGUCAGCCUGCUGGACCUGUACUGCUGCGUGAACCUCUGGCCCAUGCCAGAUUACCAGCUCUACUCCACGCUGGGUCAAGAUGGGAGUCUGCUGCUUGUCUACAAGGUGGUGAUGCCGCUGUCAAAAAGUACCUUCAUACCAGACAAGUUGUGUGUGCUGGUGGAUGACGCUAAAGAGCUAGCUGCAUGGAACACACUGUGGAACCUUGAUGCGCCCUUCAUGACUAGUUUGUCACAAGUAAAACCUCUACUCACAACACCUCCACCAUUACUUCCUUUCUUGGCAUAGCCUCCUCAUUUUCACAUGCCCCCGUGAUGUUCUCUGCACGAGAGAGUCCCUACUUGAACCCCUGCGGGUCCUUCUGCCGAUGGUGAUAUAUGCGCUUGUUUACUCACAUGGAAAGUUUUAUCCCAAAAUUUCUCAGGGUACGUAGAAGGUGGAUCUUGUUCCCCAGAAUGUGAAUGUUCCUCAAUGUUGUUGUUUUUGUCAAAAGAAGAGCACAUUUCCCUGGACCAAACACACGCACAGACAUGUGCACACGCAUGCCAUAAAUACACAUGUUGUAAUGCAUGUGAUAAAAAGUUUAAAAAUUGUUUAAUACAUGUCAAAUGGUUUUUUUGAGUUCUAUGAAAUAUAAAAUAAAAUUUUCAAACUG